CCAAUCCCGGCGACCCGGCCCGGUCCCAUUCAUAUCCUCCGACGACGCGCGGCCGCGCGGGCACCACCCACCGCCACCCAGAUGCGCAGCCGACCCGCCAGGAUGGCAGCGGGGCCCACCCCAUCCGCCGCGGCGGCGUCGUUCCGGCCGCCGAUCCCGCCGCCGCCGCCGUGCUUCAACUACCGGGCGGCCGUGCUCGCCGACACGCGCGCCGCCGCCGCCGCCGCGGGUGACCCCGCGCUGGCGGGGCUGGUGGAGUCCGGCGCGCUCGUGCGCGUCCCGCGUCGGCGGUUCGGCCCGGUCCCGGCGUGGCGCCCGCCGGACUUCGUGGAGCCCGACGAGGUGUGGAUCCUCGGCACCUCGCACCUCUCCCCGGACUCCGUCGCCGACGUCGAGCGCGUCCUCCGCGCCGUCCAACCCGACAACGUCGUCGUCGAGCUCUGCCGGAGCAGAGCUGGAAUCAUGUACGUGUCCAGUGAUUCUUCCGACGAGCCGCUCUUGAAGUCUAACAUGUUCUCUCUCGGUGGCUCCAAGUUCUUCGGUGCAGUCAACAGAAGCAUCAACCUGGGUGGGCAGAGCGCCUUUGCUCUGCGUCUGCUCCUCGCUGUUUUUUCUUCUAAAAUUUCUUCCAGUGCGAACCGGCCGUUUGGAGAAGAGUUCCGGGCAGCUAGGAGGGUGUCUGAAGACAUUGGAGCUCAGCUUGUUCUUGGCGAUCGCCCGAUUGAAAUAACUCUUGAACGAGCAUGGAAAUCCCUCACCUGGGAUCAAAAGACAAAGCUACUCAUCUCACUGUUCCGUGGGAUUGCUUCGACGACUGACACGCCAGAUGAGAAAACUGCCGUCAGCCCAUAUGAGUUGUAUGAGAAACUUAGCACAUCUUAUCCUGCACUGCUGCAGCCUCUCAUACACGAACGCGACAUGUUCCUUGCAUGGUCGCUGAAGCGGAGCAAGGCUGUGAACAAGAGCAAAACUGUUGUCGGAGUUGUAGGGAAGGGGCACAUUAAUGGCAUUGUGUACGCGCUGAUCUCUGAUCAAGGGGAUUUGAGAUUCCGAGACCUUGUUGGUAGAGCAUCAUCUGAUACAUGGGUUAGCUCACUCAUCAAGGGUCUGGUAAGGGACACUGUAAUAGGAUUGGUCCUCUGGGCUUUGUAUGAACAGUUGCAGGCUGUGCUAUAGAUGGUUCAGACUUCCACAAGGCACACAAACUCACAGUACAGCACUGAACUUUUUACUAGCUGAAACUGAAACUCCCCAUUCUUCACAAAGUCGAUGACUUGAUCGAAGUACCUCUAGAUUGAAGCCAUUGAUCUGUCAAGUGCAGCUAUCUUCUGAAUAUAUCUACACAAGAGAACAAAACACUGCCUAUAUUUUUUUCUUCUACUUUCUUUGCCAUUUCAUAUUUGGGCAAAACAACAAAGAUGCAUUUUGUGCUUUAGCACCCUGUCACCCUUGUUAAAUAUGCCGGCAGAAAACCAAUAAUUUUUUUUAGAAAAUUCUGAUGGAAUUUCCUCUGAAAUCUGAAUGACCAGAACUUGUCGAA